GUGACCCUCAACGAUGAUGGCACGAAAAAGCAUCCGAGGGGUCCAGCAGCAGCAGCAGCAUGCGCAACCAACCGGCUUCCCCGUCCUGAAACCGUACACGCAGCGCGCCGCAGUGCAGAUGCUUCAGCUGGAUAACAUGGAUUCCAACACGUCUCCGGUCCGUAGGGUCGUUCGGAAUAAAAUUGUAGACUACCUGAAAACAAGGCAGGAGUUCUGUAACUUGCACAAACAUUAUCUUGACGAAAUUUCAAGAAGUAUUGAUGAGCAGCUUUAUAAGGAGGCUGAAUCGCAGGUGGAGUACAUGGAUCUUGAAACUUUACAAGUUAGGUUGAAUACUGUUCUCACUCGUGGAUCAUUUCACAACAGUAGAAAUUCUUGGGCUUCUUCAGUGGCCUUACCCACAUACAACGCAGAACAGUAUGGGAUGGAAGUUACAGAUUCAAAUUUGCAGUAUGGUAGAGCUGUUCCUGGUUCUAUCAAUCCGUCCCUGCGUGCAAGAGACAUAUCACAUGACGUGUUUUAUCCUCAGGGAUUUGCACCAAAUGGCCACCAUAAGUUUCCUGCCAACUUUGCUCGUUCAUCAGCUGAAUGCUUAGCAAAUACCACAGUUGCUCCAUGUCUGUCAGGACUACCAAAAUGCAGUCCCUCUCUUGCUGGGGAUUUCAGUGGUGGGGUGCAUACUUUCCAUUCAAAGGACCAUUUCCGAGGUGAUGCUCAUCAAGUUGAUAGUCCACAACCGUCGACCUCUGGUAGUUCCAGUUCUUUUUCUGCAAUGUGUGAUCGAUCCGCAAAUUCUACAAAUGACAACCGAUAUUCCACUGGCCAAGUACCAUUAUCGCUACAAUACAGAGAAUGUGAUGAGGAGGUGUAUACGCAUAGUCACCCAAUAGAGCAGCCAGAUCAGUCAAAUAUCACGCCUGGAGCCCAUGACUUGUCUUAUAUCUAUGACCAAUCGAAAAUGCGCCAGAACAUCAAAGGUGAAUGCGAACUUGACGAGUGCAUGCAAGUGAAUGGAUGUAGCCAGGUAUUGGACUCCCAAGGUUUCAGCAGAGAGAAAUGCUCAAAUUUGAACACCAAACUCAGCCAUAAUCAAUGCCGCUACAUGGCUGACUCUGGUAGAGAGAGAGUGGGGAGAGCUGAACCAACAUCAAAUAGCACUGUAUCCAAGCCAACUUCGCCUACUUCAGAUGAAUCUUCUGGCAAGCAUCAUCCAGCAAAACGAUUAAAGAUUAAUUUUCCCAGUCCUGUCCAUGCCACUAAAGUAGAGUUUCCAAACCAGCAACUGCCUGCUGCCAAUGAAAUUGCAUCUUCUGAAACAUUACAGUCUGAAACCACAGAGUUACCUACAAAGUCACCCUCUGGCUGUUCCUUGGGGGACAGCAAUGUUGUGCUCGGACUGACCAAUGAAGAUAUGCAUAGCAUGGACAUUGUUAAAUUUCCAGAGACUGCUGUACAAGCAGAAGAAGAAUCGUGUGAUGUAAAUGGUGACGCCGAGAUGAAGGACUCUAAGCUUAGCUCAGUGGAUCAAACAGCAGUUGGAGCUGGCUUAAGUGCAAUGAAGAAAAGAGGGGCAUCAGUACUUCAUGCUUUGACUGCUGAUGAGCUUAGAGAUCACCUGAGAAGUUUGAACCAGCAUACUUGUCUGAGCAAGGUGACGACGGAAGAACUCCAGUCUGGCUUGCCCGACCAAAAUACAUGCAAUUUAUGCGGGAUGGAGAGGCUUCUUUUUGAACCUCCCCCACGUUUUUGUGCUCUCUGUUUUAAAAUAAUAAAUUCGACUGGAUCUUAUUACGUUCAUGUGGAAAAUGGGAAUGACAAGGGUUCAAUAUGUGCCAAAUGUCACCAUCUUAGUACUGCGAAAUCUAAAUAUCAAAAGAGAUUCAAUUAUGCAGAAACAGAUGCUGAGCCUGAAUGGUGGGUAGCGUGCGAUAAGUGCAAAGCUUGGCAGCACCAAAUAUGCGCUCUGUUUAACCCUAAGGUUGUGGAGGAGGAUGCGGAAUAUACUUGUGCCAAAUGUUUAUUGAAGGAGAAGGAUAGUGGAUGUAUAAGUUUGCUGGAAUCAUCUACUGUUCUAGGAGCUCUGGAGUUACCAAGAACUAAACUGAGUGAUCAUAUUGAGCGAAGACUUUCAGGGCGGCUUGAGCACGAGCGGCUGCAGAGGGCAAGCGCUUCAGGAAAAAGUCUUGAAGAGGUACCUGGAGUUGAUGGUCUUACUGUUAGAGUGGUUUCUUCAGCUGCGAGAGUACUUCAAGUCCAACCACGUUUUAGGGAUUUUUUUAAAGAAGGAAAAUAUCCUGGGGAAUUCCCGUACAAAUCAAAGGCCAUUCUCUUGUUUCAAAAGAAUGAAGGUGUGGAUGUUUGUCUAUUCGCCAUGUAUGUGCAAGAGUAUGGUUCUGCUAGCCCAUCACCAAACCGAAGGCAUGUUUAUCUUGCGUAUAUCGAUUCUGUCAAGUACUUCAGGCCUGAAAUCAAAUCUGCAAGUGGGGAAGCUCUUCGUACCUUCGUGUACCAUGAAAUUUUGAUUGGUUAUUUGGACUACUGCAAGAAACAAGGGUUUGUAAGCUGCUCCAUAUGGGCUUGCCCAUCUACAAAGCGUGAUGACUAUGUUUUGUAUUGUCAUCCCACGUCACAGAAAAUGCCAAAGUCUGACAAGCUUCGGAGCUGGUACCAGAAUUUGGUCAAGAAGGCUGUUAAGGAGGGUGUAGUUGUGGAGCGAAAUACCCUCUAUGACUUCUUCCUUCAGCCUACCAGUGAAUGCAAGGCCAAUAUCUCAGCAGCAUGCUUGCCAUACUGUGAGAACGAUUUCUGGCCCGGGGAAGCAGAGAGACUCCUUGAGAAGAAAGAUGACAAGACCUCACAGAAGAAAGAGACACAAGUAGGAAGGCUCCUACGGGUUGCCAAACGUGAUGACAGGAAAGGAAACCUUGAGGAUAUCCUAUUAGUGCACAAGCUUGGUGAAAAGAUGCGGACAAUGAAAGAAGACUUUAUCAUGCUUUGUCUUCAACACUUCUGCAAGCAUUGCCACGAACCCAUUGUGUCGGGUAAAAGUUGGGUUUGUACCUGCUGCAAAAACUUCCAUCUUUGUGACCAAUGUCAUGCAGAUGAGCUAAGUGCUCCACAAAAGGACAGGCACCCAGCUACAACGAAACAAAAACAUACAUUUCUCAGAAUAGAGGAAGAACCUCUUCCAGAGACUGAUGAUGGAGAUCCAACAAUGGAAAGCAAGUAUUUUGACAGCAGAAUAGAUUUCUUGAAGCACUGUCAAGAUAACCAAUACCAGUUUGAUACACUCCGACGGGCAAAACACUCAACAAUGAUGAUUCUUUAUAAUCUGCAUGAUUCAGCUUGUUCUGCUUGUCAUCGUACCAUGGAUCAACGCUUGGCAUGGCGAUGCCUGGUUUGCCUUGGCUGCAAAUAUUGUGAUUCAUGCUAUAAACAAGGCGGUGAAAAUUUGCACAUUCAUAAACUUAAACAGACAGACAGUCACUGCCUAUUGCCAAACUACACUCUACAGCAGGACUACCUUGAGGGUUUGGUACAUGCAUCAAAAUGUUUCUAUGAUCCACAUAAUUGCACUUUCAAACUUUGUAUUGCGGUGAAGAAGUUGUUCUUCCAUGGUGCACGAUGUGGUAUCCGUAACCAAGGAGGUUGCCAGAAGUGUAUCUUCAUGUGGAAACUUCUGCUCACCCAUUCAAAACAUUGUGAUGACGGGGAAUGCUCAGUUCCAAGAUGCAGGGAUAUAAAGGUAUUCAUGGGCAAUGCAAGAUUUCUUACUGGAGCUAGACUAGCGUCCUGUGAACUAGUUACUUGUUAAUUGAGAAGAUUUGUUGAUGAAAAUGCAAUAAGUUAUUGGCCGUCAUACUGCGGGAUCACAAGGUAAAUAAAAUGAUGACUUAGUGGCGGCUGCAGCAGAAGCAGCAGAGUUGCAGAAGCAGCAGAGUUAAUUGUUUCGCAGGUUUUCCUGGAAUGUGCACGAAGAAGGCAGGCUGCCGGGGUGACUUUAUUUAUGUACGUCGCCAGGCUGCCAUUGGAUGCAACGAUAGGAAAUACCUGCGGAAGCUUACAUAGACAGACUGACAUAUGUAGUGUUGGUACAUACCUGUAUAGUUAGUUGCCUUGCAAGCAAUAGCUUGAUCAACAUGAUAGAGGAUUUUGUUCCUUGUUACUUCGCUUUCUUCCCCCGAUUGAAUUUGACAAGGCCACAGUUUUGUUCUGUAUCGCUGUAGCGUGGCCAAAUCCAAAUUCAAAUUCAAAUUCAAUGAAAAUGUGUAUAUCAUGUUCCCUUCCUUUG